ACCCAUUCCUCUAUAAGAGUUGCUUGUAUUUUGGACCACAGGAAAACUUAGCAGCAGGACUGUUUGCUCUGAAGACUAUUAAAAAGAACAUGCAGACUUUAAGAUCUUUCCAUUUCAUUUUUUUGAUGACCAUGACAGUAUAUGUAAUCCAGAUGACAUAUGCUUGUGAGGGCGAAGACUGUGACAAUGGUGCCCCAAGUUUGGAAAAUAGGAAUCAUGCUUUGAAAACCUUGAAUGUUCUCAAUCAACUUAAUUCUGAAAAGAGGAGGAACAAUCCAUCCAAUGUUAUACCUUUCAUUGGGAUCACAGAUACAAGCAAAUUGAGCAAACACUGCUGCAAAAAUGGAGGAACUUGUUUCCUGGGAACUUUUUGUAUAUGCCCAAAACAUUUCAGUGGGAGAUACUGUGAAUAUGAUACAAGGAUUAGGAGUUGUGGUUCCCUCGGACACGGUGAGUGGUCUCAAGAAGAAUGCCAAUUAUGUCGCUGUAUUUAUGGGACUAUAGAAUGCCUGCCUAAUGUUCACAAGCAAGGAUGUGAGUCUGCUGUUUCCAGAUGACCUGGACAUUCAAAGAGAGCCUUUAACU